CCCCCAUGCAAGAGGAUUGCGCACAAGCUCCCGAUGGAGGCAGGAGUGGCACUACCUUGACCGUCCGCAUCCCCCCGCUCAUUCUCCCGGUUCCCAUCCAAGUCCCAGUGAGAAAUAUGAGUGCUCAAGUAAGAUCAAGAUCUAGAGGAAAGAGAGAUGGAAAAAAGCCUAAGCUGGAUGAACCUGGGGUUGCUAAGCAACCAGGCAAAAAAAUGCUGCAAAAAAAGGAACCACCAACUGAGGAUCCAGAUAUUGAGCCUGGACUAGAGAGAGAAGAAGGAGCAUGUGGGGUUCAAGAACCUGAAUUGGAAGGUAAAAGCCAGGAAAAGGGUCUGGAAAAGACUGGGGGUGAGCUUGGAGAUGGCCCUGAUGUGAAAGGGAAGACUCCACCUAACACCUCCUAAAUUCAAGAAGUAGGUGAUGGACAGUCAUAAGUUAAAAAGACAAGAAGCUGAAGCCACACAUACAGUUUGUUAUAUUGAUAAUUUGGCUUAAAUUCUCUCAAUAAAGAUUUCAAAGUUUGCCC